AUGGCAGAAGCCGAAACGACGGUGCUGGAAAUCAAGACCAAAUCGAUAGAGCAGACGCUGGUGCCUCUAGUAAAGCAGAUUUCUACUCUGGUCUCGCAUCGAUCGCUGUGCGGAAGCGGCGCAUCGUUCCCGUCAGAGUCAGGAAGCGGUCUGACAUGUUCCGAGCGAAGCUUCCGCGCCGUUUUGCGCGUCGGCCAGGCGGUCAACCUUGCAGUCGAACGAUUUGUGACUGUAGGCGAGACGAUAGCUGACGAUAACACCGAAAUCAAACGAGACAUGUAUGAAGCAUGCAAGGAGGCACGAGAAGCAGGGGGCAGCAUUGAACGUCUUUGUGAAUUGGCUUCAAGUGACUCGUUGGGAGAUCGAGGAGCCGUUGUUCGAGCUGCGAGGACGCUACUCUCAUCGGUAACCAGGGUAUUAUUGCUUGCAGAUAUAGUGGUGGUCAAACAACUUUUAUUGGCUAAGGAUAAGGUGGCGCACAGUUUGGGACGAUUGGAAUCGGUAACCAAUUUUACGGAGUUUGUAAAAGCGUUCUCGGUAUUUGGUGGCGAAAUGGUGGAAUUGGCGCAUUUGACCGGAGAUCGACAAAACGAUUUGAAAGAUGAAAGACGUCGUGCUCAAAUGGCGGCCGCCAGACAAGUAUUAGAGAGAUCUACCAUGGUGCUUUUAACAUCAUCAAAAACAUGUUUACGGCAUCCAGACUGUUUGGCAGCUAGAGAAAACCGUGACACCGUCUUUUGUCAAAUGAGACGAGCAAUGGAUCUUAUACAUUAUGUGGUAAAGGAUGGAGUACUAGAAGUUGCUCAAGAGAGGAUGGUACUUAGAUCAAAUCCACAGAAUGAAGAGUGGGGAGGUGAGCAUGCAACGGUAUGCACAGCCUUAAGACAUUUUUCUCAAUUGGUGGAAAUGUGUACAACGCAGUUGCCAGGCCCAAGUCCACGUGAGCAGCUAAACGCUGCUUUGGAUUCGGUCGUAGAACGUACACAAGAUUUUACAGAUAGUGCAUACACAAGCCACGAACAUCGAGAAAAUAUACUUUUGCUCUGUGAUAGAACUAAACUUGAGCUUAUACAAUUACUCAGAGUAGCUGUUAAUAUGGAACAAUAUCAAUUAGCAUCGAACGACUUAGAGAUUUCGGUGCAGGCGGUGAUUCAGGCCGCCCGCGAUCUGUCCCAACAACUGGCGCUGACAGCGCAAGAACAGGCACAAGAUUUAGGACCCGUAACUAAAACGGCAUUAGAUUUAAUAUCUAGUUUACGAAAUUUUGCUCUUGCUCAAGAACACGAACAAUUGCAGAGUUGCGGAAAUAAAUUCCACGAAUGCAUAGAUCACACACUAGAAAUUUGCAAAUUAAUGCGUCAUAUCGCACUGUCAGAAACUUUGCAAGUUUCUGCAAAAUUUACUGAAAUUAAUCUUAGGAUUUAUGGACCACAGGUUGUCACAGCGUCUCGUGCUUUGGCGACACAUCCGUCUUCGAAAAUCGCAAAAGAAAAUUUGGAAGUUUUUGCAGAUAUGUGGCAAUGGUUGGCAAACGAUGUAACAACAUUAGCAAAAGAAGUUUUAGAAUUAGCUCAAAGCAGACCCGAUAAACAAGUGUAUAUGUCAUUGCCCAGGCGCGGAAAACAUGGAACAACGACGAAACCUCUAAAAGCAUCGCGGUUAGACCAGGAAGAACAGGCUAAAAUUGCUAAAUCAGGUCUCGAAAUGAAACUUCUAACAAAUGAAAUGGAUGCAGAAACAAAUAAAUGGAAUCAUGCCGUUGAUGACAACAACGAUAUCAUAAAAAGAACAAAAAAUAUGUCGGCGAUGGCAUUUUCAAUGUAUCAAUUUACUAAAGGAGAGGGUGUUCUCAGAACCACUCAAGAUCUAUUCACCCAAGCCGAAUAUUUUGCAGAAGAAGCAAAUCGAUUGUACAAAGUUGUUCGUCAAUUUUCAUAUCAGGUUCCGAUAGGGUCGCAAAAGAAGGAGCUGUUGGAGCAUUUAGACAAGGUGCCCACCUACGUUCAGGCUUUGCAAUUUACUGUAAAAGACCCGACUGUUGGAAAAGCGGCAACAUUUGUUAAAGUUGAUAAUGUAAUACAGGAAACAAAAAAUCUUAUGAAUGUGAUAUCCAAAGUGGUGACAACUUGCUUUGAAUGCGCUACUAAGUACAAGUUGGACUUCAGCGGGCUCGCUUCGUCGGCGAAUCGUCCAGCAGGCGGCGGAUUGGGCGCACGUGACGGUGAAGACGGCGGAACAGUGGGGGGCACAGAAGCCGGCAAGACGGGCACUUCGGGCGGGACGGACGCGUCCAUGUGA